CUUCCUGUGUCUUUAAGACGCCCGUCUCCUAGGGAUGGCGUGUGACGUCAUGCUUUGCGAUCCAAGCACGGGCGUGGAGAAGGGAGUCAGUCUCCCACCAGCUCCGCGAUCCACGGCAAAAGCGGCAAGUUUGAGAAAUUAACACGCGUUGAAAGCAGCUUGAAGUAGCAGAUGCAGGAAUGUCAGAUAAUUCACUGACAAUGGAAUCGGAUGACUUGGAGGAGCAGCUGCAGUCUACAGAGAGUCUGGAUGGUCCCACGGACUUCUCAUCUCAGCGACCCCUGGACAAAACCCACACCUCUGACACCGAGAAAGCGCCAAAGGAAUAUGUGGUUCAGCCCUCAGCUGACACGGAUCAAGUUGAAGUUCAAGUGAAAAACGAGCAAGAUGAAGAUUACUCCAGGAUGGAGGAGGAGGAAGGUCGAGAAGCAGCCGAGAUGAUGCACUAUACAGAGUAUAACGACUACGACGGAGCGCAGAACCAAGCCAGUCCGUACGCAGGUUCCAGGGCGUCUAACGGGAAACUGAGCUGCGACAUCUGCGGGCUUGCCUGCGUGAGCCUCAACGUCUUACUGGUGCACAAACGCAGCCACACUGGAGAACGCCCUUUCCACUGCACCCAAUGUGGAGCUUCGUUCACACAGAAGGGCAAUCUGCUGCGUCACAUCAAGCUUCACUCCGGGGAGAAACCCUUUAAGUGUCACAUGUGCAGCUACGCCUGUCGCAGACGGGACGCCCUGAGCGGUCACCUCCGCACCCACUCAGUGGAAAAGCCGUACAAAUGCAAUCACUGCGGACGGAGCUACAAGCAACGCAGCUCACUGGAAGAACACAAAGAACGCUGUCACGUGUACAUGCAAAGCAAAGGACUCGAGGACAGAGCUUCUGAAGAUGUGAGACCCGCUAAAACUCAGAUGGGCGCAGAAAGAACGCUGGUGCUGGAUAGAUUGGCGAGCAGCGUGGCGAAGAGAAAGAGUUCCAUGCCGCAGAAAUUCAUUGGUGACAAACGUCUCUGCCUAGACAUCAACUACAGCAACAGCCUGAUGUACAGCAAGGAGAGCGAGCUGAUCCAAAGGGGCAUGAUGGAGCAGGCCAGGGGCUACAUGGGUGCCGAGAGCAUGCGACCCUUGAUCCAGACCCCUCCGACAGGCCCCCCUCCUCCCGAGAUGGUCCCUGUAAUCAGCAGCGUCUUCCCCCUCUCCCUCACCCGCUCCGACAUGAACGGCCAUGAAUCCGAGGGCGGGAGCCACCAGCAUCCGCGGGUCAAACGACAGUCUUCCAACAGGGGCCCGUCUCCCAGCAACAGCGGGCAGGAAUCCCCCGAAGCAGACAGCAACCCCCAGGAGGAGCGAGGGCAGGGGCACGGCGUCUACAACCUGGGUCACAUGCUCCUGGCCCGACCCCGGAACGGGCUGCACCACCCCCACCCCCACCUCCACCCGCACCCGCACCCCCACCACCACCUCAAAGACCUGCCCCCCCGACCCUUCGAAGCCGGCAGGCCCCCCCUGUCACCCCACGAUGUUUUCAGGGUGAUCGGCGGGGAGGGGGAGGCUGUCCCUGCUUUCCGUUGCGAGCACUGCCACGUCCUGUUCCUCGACUACGUCAUGUUCACCAUCCACAUGGGCUGCCACGGCUUCAGGGACCCUUUCGAGUGCAACGUGUGUGGAUACCGGAGCCCGGACAGAUACGAGUUCUCGUCGCACAUAGCGCGCGGGGAGCACCGCUUCAUAAACAAAUGAGUUUUUUUGACGCGUGCUUGUCUUUGUUUUGUAAAGUAUCAUUGCUUUUUUUUUUUUUUAUUGU